AUGCCAAUGCCUUCUGAUACAGCAAUUGUCAGAAUAAGGAAAAAUCCUCCAUCUGGUGUCAAACUUGUCAUGGCUGCUGGCUGUGGCAUAAGAGAAGAAAAAUCUGAAAAAAUUGCAAAUCCUUCAGGAUUUUUGGAUUACUGGACUACGAGCCAGAAAAUGCUUGGCAGCAUCAAUUUCUUGAAGGAAUUGAGAAACUGUUCCCAGAAACCUAUUUCAGAAGCUGUCAGGCAGAAGAUUGGGACUGAAUACUUGACUAAUCCAGAGUUUGAUCCACAAGUGGUGGCUAAAGCUUCCUCGGCAGCAGAGGGUUUAUGCAAAUGGAUUAUGGGAGUGGAAGUGUCUGGCAAGGUGUCAAAGUUAACAGAGCAAGGCCCUGCAGUCACACAUUGCAUGGAGCAGGUAACUGAUGAUGCAGGCCAAGAAGAGGCCUUGAUGAAGUUGGUGAGGCACAGCUUUGCUUUUGAAGAAGCAGAUCAGCAAGGAUGGCUUCCUGUGCAUGAAGCUGCAGCACAGCUCAAUAAGAACAUCCUUGAAAUAACUUUGAAAGCCUCCCGUGCCGUGACGUGGGAACAGACCACUCUGAAAGGAGAGACACCUCUCGUGGUGGCAGUGGGAAAAUGCUUUGUGGACAAUGUGCGUUUUCUCCUGCUCAAUGGCUGCAAUCCCAACGUCAGGAACGAAGAGGGAGAUUCUCCUUUAGUUAUAGCAAUUAAACAUGAUUCCUAUGAGAUUGCCUCCUUGCUGAUAAGUUCUGGUGCAAAAUUGAAUCUGCAGUGUGUCCACAACAGAACUGCUCUACAUGAGGCAGCCAGGCUGGGCAGGAAGGAUCUGGUAAAGCUUCUCCUUCAUUCUGGAGCAGAUCCUGACCCUCGCAGUGGCUAUGGGCUCACACCUCUAGCACUGGCUGCACAGAUGGGAUAUACAGAAAUUAUGGAGCUCUUGCUGCAAAAAGGUGCAGAUGUUCUUUCACAGGCAAUGGAUUGUGCUUCUGUAUUAUUUGAAGCAGCAGGAGGAGGAAAUCCAGAUUCUGUGAGUCUUUUACUAGAAUAUGGGGCUGAUGCCAAUGUACCAAAGCACUCGGGUCAUUUGCCAAUCCACAGAGCUGCAUAUAGAGGACACUUUCUAGCCCUGAAAUAUUUAGUUCCAGUUACUAAUUUUGAUGCCAUCAAAGAAAGUGGGAUAAGUCCAGUUCACUCAGCAGCAGCAGGAGCACAUCCUCAGUGCCUUGAGUUUCUCCUCAAGUCUGGGUUUGAUGCCAAUUUUAUGCUGGAUCAGAGGGUUCGCAAAGGCUACGACGACCACCGGAAAUCAGCGCUGUACUUUGCUGUUUCCAACGGGGACACCUGCUCAACACAGCUGCUGCUGGAUGCAGGAGCCCUGACAAACCAAGAUCCCAUCAACUGUCUCCAGAUAGCCUUGAGAAUGGGCAACUAUGAGCUAAUGAAUCUGCUGCUCCGACAUGGGGCUAAUGUCAAUUACUUCUGCAGAGUGAAUACAACACAUUUCCCAUCAGCUCUGCAGUAUGCCCUGAAAGAUGAAGUCAUGCUAAGGAUGCUGCUGAACUAUGGCUACGAUGUGCAUCGCUGCUUCGACUGCCCUGGGGGAAACCACUCCCAUUCCCAGUACGUGACCGAUGGGUGGACCUCUACUGUUAUCAAGGACACAAUGUUCUGUGAAGUGAUAACCUUGUCAUGGUUGAAGCAUGUGUCUGGGAAGGUAGUGAGAGUAAUGUUAGAUUACGUCGACCACGUUAAGAUCUGCUGGAAGCUCGAGGCAGUUCUCAAGGAACAGGAACUCUGGCCAGAUAUCAAAUUGAUUUUAACAAAUCCUCGUUCCCUGAAGCAUCUCUGUCGUCUGACCAUACGGGAAUGCAUGGGCCGGUUGCGUCUCCGCUGUCCUGUCUUCAUGACCUUCCUUCCACUGCCAAACUGCCUGAAAGACUACAUAUUGUACAAGGAGUAUGAUCUUUAUGGACAGGAAAACUUCACAGGAAUCUACAACCUCAACUGUACAUAA